AUGCAACGAGCAAAGUCUGCCGUGGACUUCUCCAGCCUGCUGAACCCAGAGGUUUCGGCGGAGAGGGACCAGAUUUUGCAGCAGCAGCAGCAGCAGCAGCAGCAGCAGCAGCAGCAGCAAGUACAAAUACAGCAGCAAACUGAAGCCGAGAUGGCGGCCGUUGGCCUUAUCCGUCCCAAUGGACCCCUUCCGGUGGGUGCAGCGCCCGCUGAGCAGACCACAGAGCUCCCGCGCCCCUACAAAUGCACCAUGUGCGACAAGGCCUUCCACCGGCUGGAGCACCAAACCCGGCACAUCCGCACCCACACUGGAGAGAAGCCGCACGCCUGCCACUUCCCUGGCUGCAGUAAGCGGUUUUCGCGGUCAGACGAGCUCACCCGGCACUCGAGGAUACACAACAACCUCAACUCGCGGAGGGGGAAUAAGAGCGGACACCAUCAACACGCAUCUAUGAUCCAUAGGAUGCAGCCCGAUAUGAUGGCGCCGCCUCCUGGGCCCAAGAUGAUCCGUUCCGCCCCGCCCACGGCCUUGUCAUCGCCAAACGUGUCGCCUCCCCACUAUAGCUCCUACAGCAUGAACCUUCCCACGCCGCCGACCUUGAGCCCCUACAGCCGUGGUGUCUUGAGCAGUCAGAGCGGUCCGGACAUGGCCAUGCUGGCCAGGGCCGCGGGUCAGCUUGAGCGAGACAACGCCCCCGGUCAGCACCACUACCCGCCCUCAAGACAGCACCCGUAUUACGGCGGCGUCUUGCACUCGGCGCGGAACCCGCUGCCUGGCCUCGGUGCUUACCACAUGUCGCGCCCGCACUCGCACGACGAACACGAUGACCACUACGCGCACGCGUACAGACAGUCGAAGCGGUCGAGGCCCAAUUCUCCCAACUCGACGGCUCCCUCGUCCCCCACGUUUUCUCACAACUCCCUGUCUCCGACACCGGACCACACCCCACUCGCCACGCCUGCCCAUUCGCCCCGCCUCAGGCCCUACAGCGGUGUUGAGCUGCCCCCGUUCCGCAACCUGAGCCUGCACCACACCCCCGCGCUAGCCCCCUUAGAGCCGGCGCCCGAGGGCCUUACCCCGCCUCUGCUGCCCACGCCCAGGAGUAACGGCAUGUCGCUGACCGACAUCAUGAGCCGGCCCGACGGCGCCCAGCGGAAACUGCCUGUGCCCAAAGUGGCCGUCCAUGACCUGCUGAGCCCCGCCGAUGGAUUCUCCACGAGCGGCAGGAGUUCGUCGUCGAACAGCAUUUCGGGCGUCGAGCUGUACGAGAGGUUGUAA